AUUUUCCUCCGCACCACAAACACUUUGUGAAGAUGGAGAGCCAGAGCAAAAACAAGGUCGGCAACGGCUUCGAUGGAACUACAGGGACACAUAACAAACAGGUGGUGGGCAUGCCCAGAACAUUGAGUAACUGUGAUUUGAUACUGAGGGCCGUGGCUUUGUUGCUGACGGUUGCGUCGGCAAUUGUUCUCGGUGUUGAUAAACAGACUAAGGUCGUUCCGAUUCAGAUUAUUCCAACUUUGCCUGCCAUCAAUGUUGCUGCCCAAGCUAAGUGGCAUUAUUUGUCGGCCUUUGUGUACUCGAUGGUGUCAAACAUAAUAGCAAGCUCAUAUGCUGCAAUCUCAACAACACUGAUGAUGUUGGGAAGUAGAAACGGUAAGGCCACAGUAUGGUUGGCUCAAAUCAUCGCAGUAUUCGACAUAUUAAUGGUCGGAAUGCUGUUUUCGGCCAACGGCGCCGCCUUGGCUAUCGGUCUGAUGGGCUACAAGGGCAACUCUCACGUCCGAUGGAACAAAGUGUGUAAUGUGUUCGACAAAUUCUGUGACCAAGUCGCUGUCUCCAUUGUUCUUUCUUUGUUGGCUUCCUUGGCUUUUACUGCGUUGAUAGCUCUUACUGUUCUCACUUUCCACAAGAGAUUUGCAUGUUAAUUAUUAACUUCAUUUUAAUUGUUGCUUUUACCAUGUAACCAAAAA